AUCUGACCUGUGUUUGUGUUUAUUACCUCGCAUCAUAAAACGACUAAAAAUCUUUUUUUUUUUUUUUCGUUUUAAAUUUCCUAUUAAACUAACUUAGGUUUAUGUUGGACGCGGCUAAAUGUAUCCAGACUACAUGUGUUUGUGGUGGGGAAAAAGGGGACGGUUGGAUAAAUUGAACUAACGUCACAAAUUAAAAAUGUCUUAUUACUACAUGUGCUCAAGAAGCUAUCUUUGGUAGUUUGGUUUGGUAUCUUUAACUUUAACCUUUUCGUAUAUAUUCCCAAGGCCUUUAAAAAAAAAAUAUAGAUCACACCUGUGAAUUAUCAAACUUUGUGUGGUGGUGAUGAUAAAACAAAGUGAAAGAUAAACGCAGCGACUGCCAACUAGCAGGUUCAUGUAUACUUAGUUUCAAGUCACAACCAAACAGACUGCCCAAAUUAUGGCCCUUCACAUAAUUAGCAUUUUUGUUGUAGUUCUGGCUUUUAUAGGGUGGCAUGCUUGUAAUUAUUGGUGCACGUCACAGCCGGAGUUGUCUGUAAGAUUGGAAGAAUGGAAACAAAGGGGGAAAAUCGACCAACUGCAAGGAAGAAGUAUCUUUUAUGUUGGUAUGUAAACAAAAAUGAAGUUCCUUUUCUUUUUUAAUUGCAUUUUUAAAAAGAAAACACAUUUUCAUAUUAUGUAAUUUCUUUGUUAUUAUUCAACCAUUAUUUGUUAGUUAACUCUUAAAUAUCACUUUUAAAGAUUGUUUUUUCUGCUUAUUCUAAAUUAAUUAGGCCUAUAUUUAAUUUCAUCCACAGAUGAAGCAGGAAAUGGUCCUCAUGGUACACUUAUUUGUCUCCAUGGUUUCCCUACUAGCAGUUAUGACUGGAUAAAGGUAAACCCAGACUCAGUCUACAUUGUGCUAUUAUAGGUUUUGAAAAAAAAAAUGAAAGUUAAAACCAUAAUUUGAUGUGGACAUACUACUUUGUAAUGAUGAUGACACACUUCAUAUUCUUAACAUUAUAUAUUAUUUUUAUGCUUUCAAAAACAGAUUCUCCCGGACUUGAAAAAUGAAUUCAGUCGCAUCAUUUUGCUGGAUUUCCUGGGAUUUGGAUUCAGUGAAAAACCAGUUAGUGAUCCUUUUCUAUUUCAGCAAGGCCACCAAUCAUUUAUUUAGAGGGAUAACAUAAUCGAUAGUGCAUAUCUAAAAACUAUGAAAACAAUAUUUGUGUUAGCACAUUGACUGUGAUGUAUGUUACGUAGGCCUAUACAUGCAUCAAUUUUUAGUAUGGAAAUAAAACUAGUAAUUCAUGCAUAUUAUUAUCGAUAUGGUUGCCAUAUCAGUUACAAAGGGUGGCGUAACUAGCAGAGGGGUAUCUAAGGGUGCAUAGAGGGACAUAUGUUCCAGACAAGUGAAGGAACCAAAUGGGGCUUUGAUGGUAUUUUACUGAUGAAAAUAAUGAGUUUCAGUGUUGAAAAGGGGGGGAGGGGGCUUUAAAAAAAUCAAUCAUGUCCAAGGGCGCCAAAUACUCUAGCUUUGCCUCUGAUUACUAGCUAUGUUUGUAUUGAGAGAGAUUAAAUGGGGCUUUGAUGGUAUUUUACUGAUGAAAAUAAUGAGUUUCAGUGUUGAAAAGGGGGGGGGGGGCUUUAAAAAAAUCAAUCUUGUCCAAGGGCGCCAAAUACUCUAGCUUUGCCUCUGAUUACUAGCUAUGUUUGUAUUGAGAGAGAUAAGAAAUUAGCACCAUUGGUAAAUUAUUAAUGAAAAUUGCAAAAUGAUUUGCAAUUUUAACACAUCAAUACAACCACAACUUCAUGUACGACACUGAAAUUAUAAAAUUAUUUACAGGUCAAUUAUCAAAGCUUUGGCAGUAAGAUUGAACUACUAUUGACCUGUUAAUAGCUUUAUAAAUCCUAAUGGUUCUUAGAAGACAUGUAACAGUUUUUUUUUAUUAAUGAUUGUGUUUCUAGACAGAUCACACUUACACCAUACAGGAACAGUCCCACAUAGUGGAGUCCCUUGCCAUGAAAGAGAACAUUAAAUCAGCUCACAUCCUAGCACAUGAUUAUGGUGAUACCGUAGCACUGGAACUCUUGGGAAGGUGAAAUAUUCUCUUCAAAUUCCGUGACAAAAUUGCAAGCAAAAACUAAUUUUAAAAGCCAACACAUUAUUAUAUUCAAAUGGUUAAAUAAAAGAUGGCUAAAGUUUAAGGUUUAUUUGCUGUUUAGAAAUAAUUCAUGUCUUUUGAUUUAUUUCAGGCACAAUGUUGAUUGGCUGCAAUUCAAAAUUCUUUCUUUAACCAUGUUAAAUGGAGGUAGAGUCCUUAUUUUGUUUUCAAGCAAUGCAUAUUUUUGAGGAUGAGCCAUUUCUUUUACAGAUCAUUUGCAAUUUAAAAUUGAUAAUUAGAUCUUAACAUAGUGGAGUAGUCUAGGCUCUGCUUUUAAAAAUCUUAUUGUUGAUUUCUUAUUUGAAACAGGCAUCUUCCCAGAGACACAUAAACCUCGGCUGGUGCAAAAAGUGAGUGCUGUCGUUUUUAUUCACAUGGAGAAUGACUGUAUCAUUCUGUUAUGAUUGUAGGGUUGGCUAUAACAUCAUUAAAAGAAAUUUUUUACUAAGGACUACAUCUUUUAUUUCAGCUUUUGUUGAUGCCAGUUGUUGGCUACAUAACAAGUCAUCUAUUUAAUUAUCCCAUGUUCUCAUUUGGGUAAGUAGAGGAACUUACUUGUCUAUAUAUAUAGAAUGUGUAUAUAUAAUAUGCAAAUAAAAUGUGUCUUUAAGUGUUUUCUGUAAUAAAUAAAAAUGACUUUAUGCUGCAAAUAUUAUAUUAACUCUUAGAGUGCUGCAAACAUCAACUCUCAGAGUGCUGCAAACAUUAACUCUCAGAGUGCUGCAAACAUUAACUCUCAGAGUGCUGCAAACAUUAACUCUCGUAUAGCUGCCCUUCUCAGUCCUUAUGUCAGUUUUCCUAAACUGAUUAUAAGUAGGCCCUAAAUUCCAAUUUCCUGAAUGCUGACUGCUCAUACAAAUGUUUUGUAUUUUAAUAUAAUAUUUUACUUAAUACAUUCUGUCUUGUUUUUAGAAAUACUAGAUAUAAGUUAAGUUGUUUGAUAAUAAUAAGAGUGUAAUAGAUUUUUAUGAUUUAUUUACAGUAGUAUUGAAAAAAGAUAAUUCUUACGUUUAACCAUUAGGAAGGAUGUAAACAUAUUUAAUUAAUAUAUUACAUACUAUAUUUUAAAGUUUAUACACAACUUAUCAUGUGACCAUGGAAUUUUUUUUUUUGGAACCAGCUAAUAAAUUUUAUAUAUGUCUGUAAAUUGCAGUUUUGAUGAAAUAUUUGGUGUUAACAAACCAACUGAAGAGGACGACAAAGAUUUCUGGGCACUGCUGUGCUACAACCAUGGUUAUAAAGCAACAUACAAGUAAAAAUAUUUGAUUGAAUAUAUUAAAUCUAUAUAAGGGCUAUAAAGUAGGUGAAUCGACUAAUGCUUUGGUGUUUAUCUUUAUUGAGGACUCGUUUGUUUUUACAGUUUUGAUAAGCUUGUGUGCCAGAUCUGAAACACUGCUAUGGGUUGUUCAUAUUUAUUUUCAAUAUGUUUUAUAUUUUCUUAGAUUUUUAAUGUUUACAUGGUUGUCAUAAAUAAGAAACAUAACUUAAUCAACCAAUUUUUUGGGGUCUGUUUUCGGUUUUAAAAAAAUAAUAAUUUCAACCUGAAGAUUCUAAACGCAAAGUGGCAACUAUAAUAAGAAACUGUAUUUUGAGGCCUAUCUCAAGUUUUUAAAUAAAUGUUUUGAUAAAUGUUGCUGAAUGCUUUACAUUUUUUUUUGGUCAGCUUUUAGUUUUAGAUUAAAAUUUGGUUCUUUUUAUAGAUUUAAAGUAUAAAAUUUAUAAUUAAUUUAAAAAAAAAAGAUUGCAUCUCGUUUUAAACUUCCACUUCUACUUCUGAUCAUUAGAUUAAAAAGUAACUGUUGUCCUCAGAGUCAUAAAUUUUUUACCUGAGCGGGAAACAUUUAGAACCAGAUGGGUUGGAGCCCUGGUGAAUGCUCAGAUUAAAGGUAGAGUUGUCUUGUCAUCUAGGAUAAUGCAUUGUUCAAAUAAAAAAAAAAUGAUAAACACAGUUUCUAAGGUAAAAACCAAAUAUAACAUUGAACAGUGAAAUCAAAAUUAAUUUAGGCCUGCUUGAAGGAUUUCAGCAUUAGUUUUAGGCAAAUAUAUUCACAGCUGAACUUUCAUUCAUCCCUCCCAACCUCUUUUAUGCCACAGUCAUGUAACCACAAAUAUCAUUUAUUAAUUUUUUCAAAGCAUCAGCUGUAGCUUGUGGAUAAGUGAAUAAAAAUAAACCACUUGCACAUUCAUCAUGUCACACAAUCACUGGCAAUGGGCUACUUUUGUAUAAUAAUUUAAUUUUAUAAUAUUGAUUUAAUAUUUACCAUAACAAUAGGAGUACACGUAUUUCAAAUUUUAUCUUUCUAACACGGAAUAGUCCUGAUGAUUUAUGGGCCUGCCGAUCCUGUCAAUCCACCUGAAUUUGUUUCGCUAUUUAAGUAAGUUAUACACAAAUUUAGCUCACAGGAACCUAAUUCAUUUAUUUUAACCUACAUAUUCAUCUUAAUCAAUAAUCCAUAACAUCACAAUAAUUUUGACACAGGAAAAUCAACUUAAUUAUGAAAAAUAGUUAUAAAUCUAUAUUGCAGAUCAAAAACCCUGAAUGAUGCUUCAAAAGAUAAUAGGCUUUUAUGUUAUUUUAAAAUCCUGGUACAACUAUUUUGUCUUGAGCACAUUAGUAUAAAUGUUAACCGAGACUUUAAUGUUCAGAAAACCAUUAGCAUGUGACCCUUAUUUCAAACAGUAAUUUUAUUUUUUAUAUGUGCAUUUUGUCUCACAUCUAUAGGAAAACUGUGCCCAAACAAACUAUCAUAUCCCUGGACACAGAGGUGGGCCAUUACCCCCAAUGGGAAGAUCCAGCUUCAACUACAAGAGAAUUCUUACAAUUUAUUAAGAGUCAGAAAGCAGUACCGUCACAAGGGAUCAAGGUAUAAAUUUGAUCUACUACAGUUGGGUGCACAUUCAGAAAAUUAGUUUGGAAUUUAUCAAAGAGUUUUUGCUCCUGCUGGUGUUUGUUGGGGGUGAGUUUAGCAUUAUAUUACUACAGAUCAAAUAGAGCUAAAAAUUACUAUUUUCAAAAAUAAAAGUAGUAAUCGACUUAAAGCAACUUCUGCUUCCUAACGGCUAGGAUCAAAUGAUUGUGUACUGUAAAUGAGGGGAUCAUGUGCUAAAUGAUCAUUCUUAGAUAAAACAAUACAAUCAAUCUCGUCAUAAGUGCAACAGAAAAUGCAUUGAUUUUAUAUUUGUUGCAAGAUAUAAUAGCUUGGGAAGCACCAAGUUUAACUGUCAGAUUUUAAUAUGCAAUAUGUAGAAAGUAAUAUUUUUUAAAAAAUUAAAAAAGAAAAAAAUUAAAGAAGAUGCUUUAUUAUUAGUAUUUUUAUUACUAGUUACAAAAUUGUCUGUAAAAUGCAUUUGUUCAAUCCAACAACUUAACCUUGUACACAUAGAUCUAAACUAUAUUGUAAAAAAAAUUAAUUUAUACACAAAUCAAAUUGUAAAAAAUUCUUAAUGUCAGUUGUCAAAUCAGUUAUAAAUCAAUAUUAAAUUUAUCAAAAAAAAUCAAGACAAGAGUUAACUUAAUAUAAAGUGCUAUUAUUAUUAAAAUUGUGUGUGAUUUUUCUUAGAAAAUAUAAUUUUAACUAUAAUUGCCCAGAUCCUAACAGUUGUAAACACUAAAAUCAGUGAAACAAAGGAUGAGAGAGACAGUUAAUAUCUUAAAAAAAUAAAUUGUAUAUUUUUGUAUUCGAUCAGACACACGUCGUACACAACCAUAAACACUGACAUGGUUAUUGCAGAGUGCAUGUACAAACAAUUGUGAAAAUGGCCAUAAAAAUUAUAUUCAAGGGACAAUUUUUAAUAUAUGUACAUAAACUUUACAACAUCAGCAAUUUGUUUUAAACGUUUCAAUACUUGAUAAUACAAAAAAACAAGACAACUUAAGAGAAGAUUUAAAUUUAUUGGGACAACUUUUUCCAUGUCAAUUUUAAAACACUUAUUAAAUUUAAGUCACAUUUCCAUGCAAUAUGCACAUAAAGCAGGGGUUCUUAACAGGGGUGCUUAUACCAGCUGAGGUGCUGGGGGAAUUUUGUCAGGGGUUGUGAAAGACUCAGAAAAACAGGUUUAUUUGCAUCUUUAUUAGCAUUUUUUAUUUUGGGGAGUGCGGGAAAUAUGUUUUGAGAUCGAGAUAGAGGUGCUUGAAAUAUUUUGAAAUUAAGAGAGGGGGGAGUGCUGCAAAAAAAAAAAAGUUAAGAGCCCCUGCCUUAAAGGCCUCAAAGGGUUUGGCCCAACCAAACCAGAAGCUAUAGCAUAAUCUUAUUUCAUAUUAUAUCAGAAAGUCCUGCCUCAAUUAUAAAUUGAAACACUUGAAAUGCAUUUAAGCCUAUUAUCCUUCCUGAAUAUAACAACGUAACUCUUUUUGGCUGCAAUAAUUAAUUCCAUUUUGAUAUGUUAGAUGACAGCUAUUGAGAUUCAAUAUAGCAUUAUAUUGUUAUUUUUAAAUGGUAGAUAGUACAGUGAAAACACAAAAAGAAGAGUACAUUCUGUAAAUACUGAAAUUUUUUUACGAAAAGUGGCAACAGCUAGAAUAAGUAAAAUGUCAAUAAGACCUGCUUUUUUACAUCUUUUGUUUUUUUUAAAUCUGCCAAAAUGGUGGAAAAUCAGAAUCAUAUUAUUUCAAGUCAACUAAUGUCUCAUGCAUUAUUACUCGGCAAGAAAAAAAAGAAAGAAAAAAAAGAAAGAAAGAUCGAAUUGUUGUUGAAUUAACUCUUGCAGAUAAAUGACAGCAUCUAGUAAAUAUAAUUCGUGUCUUAUAUCAGAAACAUAUAAAAACAAAGUGUUAUAGUUCCAAUCUUAUGUAUUAAAGAUUUUCUACAAAGUUAUUACCAAUGAGGCUAUUUAACUUUCAUGCAUUUUUUAAAUUUUAUUAUAGAGAAAUUCAAAAAUCUAUUUCAUCUUUUCCGUAAGUUUGAUAAUACAAAGUGAUUUUUAGAGUGACAUAAUGUUAUUCAUAAAUCAUGUUAGCUGCCAUAAAACCCUAAAAUGAAAUAAGUGUAUUUUAUUUACAUUUUUUUAAACUGAUGGAUUCUAUUAUAUAAUUCAGUAAAAUGUUUAUUUUUUUUUGUUUUUCUUCUCAAAUUUACAAUUUAAAAGAUGAUGUGGUAUACACAAAAUGUAAUGUUUUAAUAAAAAAUUAAAAUUCAUAGAGAAUUUAUGAUUCCCUCACAAAGUGGCACUGGAAAUCUGUGAAAUUUCCUCAUCAACACCAGGAACAGAAACAUUGCAAAUCCCAUCUACAUGCAUAGGAGCCAAAAUAAUCAAUAAAUUGAUCCUGGGCCCUUAAGAUAUAGAAGAAUAAGAAACAACACUAAAUAUGUUUCAUAAUAAGAAAAUAUGUUUAUAUAAAUCUGUAUUUACAAUAAGUGGAAUGGUUAUUUGCAGUCACCCAUAAUCAGUCAUAAACAACUAAUAAUAUAUAUACCUGAUCUAAGUAAAUUGUAAAAAGCAAUCCACUUGUACUGAUAUAUAACUAAAUUAUAUUUAUAGUAAAAGAAAAAUUCAAAAAUUUAGUUUGAUACAUUUUUAACAAUGUUUUUCAGGGGCAAAAGUAUUACACUUAACAAACCUUAAACUUAAUAUAAAUAGAAAAUAAUGUUUUUCUUAAAAGUACCUGAAACUGAAAGUAAAAUGUGAAUAUUAAUGGCAUUUGAACCAGUUUUUCAAAUUAUUGAACAAGUUGAUAAAUAUUUAUACUUAUACUAUAAUAAAGUACUUCAGUUUUAAUUUAGUGUAUUAGGUUAAAUUGUAUUUCAAUUGUAUAUUAUUUAUACUAUUUUAUUCACAAACUUGAAUAAUAAAGAAUUUCUGGCCAUAUUGUCAGACAAAAAGUAAUAAGCAAUAACAAAUGAGCAUUUAACAGUGGUAAAACAAAACAAAAAAUAUUUAUUCCCAUUAAACUGUUAAUCAAAUUAUUAUGUAACACAAACUAUUGUACAAUAUUUUUUUUCCAACUGCAUGUCAUAAGAAUUUCAACCUAAGUCCAGUAAGGACAAGGUGUACCAGCUGCACAGGAGAUGGAAGUUGUUUUAUCAAUUGAGCAUCAUUUAGAGUCUACACAAAUUGAUUAUACGGAUUAGCUAGCUGCCAAACAACCCGAGAAUUCUAGAGCAGCAUAAACGGGACA